UUAACAUUUCAGUUUGACACUGAGUUUCCAUUCUUUUGACAGCGGCUCAGCAAUCACACUCUCUUUAACAGUACACUGACGUUAUUUUUAAUGAAGCUUUUUUCAAGAUGAAACUCUCUGCCUCCAUUGCCUCCACCGUCCUCCUCCUCACCCCUCUCCUCGCCGGUGCAGCCCCCCUCGCCGCCCCUACCACCGCAGUCGCAGACGUCACCAGCAUUGCCGAAUAUCCCACUAUCAGGACCAUUUCCACCACGCCCAACGCCCGUAGCAUCAUCGUCGCUCGUGAUCCAAAGAAAUGCGACGCACCGGUGCCCGAUUCAAGAAAUAGGGCGAAACCCCUGGACUACCAAAGUGAGAUAAGAAGAAUGAAAGAUUUUACGGCAGCAGCCCACACUGCGGAGAAUCAAUGCCGCAUCACAGAUUUUCCGGCCUACUGAGAUUCCAGGAACCCUGUCAUAAGGGCUUAGAUUCGGACCAGGUGCAUGAAAGCAUAUAAGGAAUGCGUCGAUAACCGCCUUGCGGCCACGCAGGUAUGUGUGG